AUGCUCGCACUCCUCAACCUUCGACCAGCAACGUUCCUCGAGGAUAGCUCUCGAUACCAUGUAGCAUUCCUGGCUACAGUUAUCUUCAUCUGUGCGAUCUCAGUCCGUUACGUAAGAAGCUCAAGGUCUCGGCUUCCUCCUGGACCUCCUGGCUUUCCUUUCAUUGGCAAUGUGCUGCAGAUGAACAGUCACUCGGAGCAAUGGACUCUCUUCAGUUCUUGGCGCAAGAUCUAUGGGGACAUCUUCUACUUGAAUGCCGCAGGACAGCCGAUCGUGGUCCUGAAUAGCCAACUGGUCGCAAGCGAACUGCUUGACAGAAGAUCCGGAAAGUACAUGGACAGGCCGCCCAACAUCGUUGGAUGGCAGAUCAUGUCUGGUAGCCUCUUCUUUGCGUUCGGAGGUUACAACGAUGUCUGGAAUCGAAUGCGCAAGGCAUCUGUCGAAGUCGUGAACAAGCUCAUCACACACGAUCUUGACGACUACAUCGAAUCGGAUGCCCUGACUCUAGCACGAAGCGUUUUGAAGGAUGCCGCGGGUUGGGAGAAGCACUUGCAUCAAGCAUCUGCGAGUACAAUGCUAUCAUGCCUCUAUGGCGAGCGCGCGAGCGACAAUGAUCCCCGUAUAGACUUCCUCAACGAGUUCAUUGAGCGCCUUACGACCGCGAUCGGUCCUGAGGCGCAUUUGGUCGAGCUCAUGCCAUGGUUGCGGUACAUUCCGAGUAGGUUCGCCGCAUGGAAGCGCUCUGCAGAGGGCUGGAACCAGAAGGCCAACGAGGAGUUCGUCCGCAUGUUCAAACAUGCACAAGAAAACAUCGUCGGUGGUAAAGCGAGAGCGUCGUUCUGCUCGAUGCUCAUCAACGAUUCUGGGCGAUACGACCUCAGUACGCUGGAGAAAGCAUGGCUUGCUGCCACCAUGUUCGCCGGAGGUGCGCACUCGACCGCCGCCAUCAUGAGCUGGUGGGUAUUGGCGAUGAUAGAAUACCCGGAUGUACAAGCACGAGCGCAAGACGAACUAGAUGCCGUCGUAGGGCGCCUGCGUCCGCCUACGUUUGCAGACAUGCCCCAUUUGCCGUACAUCUGCGCCAUGGUGAAGGAGCUGCUGCGCUGGGGAUUGACGUCUCCGCUCGGAGUACCGCGACGGAGCACCGAGGACGAUGUGUAUAGCGGCUACUUCAUCCCGAAGGGGACGAUCGUCAUUGUGAACGCGCAGGAGCUCAGUCGCGAUCCUGAGACACACGGGUCCGAUGCUCAGCACUUCAAUCCAGCACGAUUCCUCGACGAGAAGGGCCAACUCAAAGCAAACUUACCCGGCACGAAGGGCGAUGGGCACAAUGCAUUCGGGUUCGGAAGACGCGUAUGCCCUGGAAAGGAGGUCGGCAACAAGAGCUUCUACAUGCAGAUCGCGACGUGUCUCUGGGCCUGUUCUUUCCGCAAUGUCAAGGGCCAAGAACUCGACGUCAGCGCCUACCGCGACGAAGGCAUCAUGAUUCGUCCCAGUCCUUUCCAGAUCGAUGUUCAACCGCGUUUCCCGGAGGCGCUUAUCCUCGCUUUCCAUGUCACCUUUCUCGGCGUAAUGGCGAGAAGGACGAUGUGA